AUGGCUUCAAACAUGAACCGAUUCCAGGAUGCCGAGAUGUUCAUGCCUCACGACUUUGUCAGGUCCAUUCUAGGCUGGGAUGGUAGACUCAAGCAACUGUACGACAACAACCAGUGGCUAGCCCAAGUCGACAAGGAGACUUCCGACUCUGAAUUUUCUAUUCUUCGUCACGCUUUCCUCACAGACGGUCAUAACUUCAUCUCUAUCUUGACCGAGUUCCUGAACACUGUCAAGUGGCAGGAAUAUUUUGUUCACAUAUGCACGCAAAGAAUUACCCAUAUGCCCGUUUUGAUGCAUUUGAUCUACGAGGCGUCCUUUGAGUCGCGUAGUGCAGAUGUACAGGGCUCGGUAGGAAACGAGCCAGCAAACCCUGUCUUCAACUUUGAGAUUAGCAAUUUGAGUGAUAGCAAAUUGUUGCGUAAAGGUUGUAUCGAGGCAAUCCGAAAUCGCUAUUGCGAAUCCAGACGCCCGGUUGGCGAUAGUCUCAAGGAUCGUAUGAAUGGAGCCUGGGGCGAGCACAAGUUCGACGAGGUCAACAGUUUGACCCAGCUACAUGAAGCCGUGACAAAAGAACGGGACCACUUCGCCGGCCUAACGUUCGAAACAUCUACGAAACCAGAAGUACUAAUCGCAGACAUCGACGCUGACAUCAGGAGACUCGAUCGCACUCAUGCAAACGAUAUGUCAUUCGGUUACGUUGACGCCAUGAACGCAAUCGAGCCCUAUUUCUUGUCACAGUCGCGACGCUGGAAAACCAUCGGGAAGAAUCUCUAUGAUCUCGGUUUCCGUGUGGGAGCUGAUAUGACCCGAUGGCCCAUGAGCCCUCAACAAUGGACCAUAGUCAAGGCGCUCAAGGCCGUCAUCAGCAACGAGGGACCAGGCAUCAACGUCAUGCUGGCCCGUCUCGAAAAUUAUCAAAUUCAGAUCCAGAAGCAGCAGCAGGUCAUCACGGCCCUGCAGUUCCGUCAUCUUCUAGAGCAUCUCCCCAUUGGUGUUCGUGAUCGAUGGCUGGCAGGACCGAGCACAAAGUCAGACCAAGUCAUCAAAGCUUCCAACUGGGAUAGGAUGAAAGAAGUUGAGAAGUGGCAAGAGUUUUGGUCAGAGUCUGUGAGGCAGAUCUUCAGGGUCUACAAGGAAAAUGGUCAAGCUGCCUGGGAGGGCAUUGAAGGCCACGAACCCAGUCCUUUUGCCCAUCUUUUGAAGCCUUACCUUGGUCAGGCUUUGAAGAAGAGUAAUGAACAUGACGCGGUCACGUUUCUGGCUGGUGAAACUGACGUUGGAGAACGUGCGAAAAGGCUAUACAAUACGCUCAGCCAAAUCAUUCAUCAGUAUUCGGAUUCUAAGUUUCAAGUCAAUCGACUCAACUUCAGCCCACUCGAUGCACACAUCCUAGCCGCUCUGAUCCCAAAGAACACCAACCAGAAAAAUAAUGGCCAACGUGCUACUAAAGGCGAGCCUUGGAUCCCUUUUGAUGAGAAGACCGAGGUUGCUGCAUGGAAGAAGGAGUUCCGGAGAUAUAUAUGGGAGAAGCCAGCCGAAGUCAUCCAGAAUACAUCGGAGACUUCGGAAAAAGGUCCGCUUGAUCGGGUUGAAGACAUGUGGAAGCAUCUACGUUCCAAGUUCCCAUUCUCUGUAAUCUUUCCCAAAGACCUAGCCCUGUCAUCGGCCACUUUUGACGCCGAAGCCUGCACAGCUGCCAUCGCCGCAAAGUUUCUUUUGACUAAGAAACACAUCAAUUCCUGCAGCAUGAUUCACAACGCUGUGCUAGCAGCAUUCUUUGACGCGAUCGGACUAAUGACUCUGAUAGCUGCUGGACGGAGAGUCAGGAGCGAUCGUGUAGGCCUGAGUGUGGAGAGUUCAUUUCUAGCUCAUCCAGGGGACCAAGUUGAAGUAACGGGCACGCUGAUGCGAGAUGAACAAGACCAAAGCUUCUUGGUAACAAUUCACAUCAAUUCUGUGGAUGACACUGAGGUUGCAAGUGGCUACUUCAAGGCUUGGGGAGUCCGAGAGACGAAUGCAUCAGAAGCAUACGAUGGCAUGAUCUAG